GGAAAGACUCGCACUUUAACACAUUUAACUUGUAACCACUUUUUAAAAUGCCAAAGAAUAAGGGAAAGGGCGGUAAGAAUCGCAGAAGGGGCAAAAAUGACAAUGAGGGGGAAAAGAGGGAACUCGUCUUCAAAAUGGAGGACCAAGAAUACGCCCAAGUACUCCGAAUGCUGGGAAACGGACGCCUCGAAGCCUACUGCUUUGAUGGGACCAAGAGGCUCUGCCAUAUUCGUGGAAAAAUGAGAAAGAGGGUUUGGGUCAACGCUGGUGACAUUGUUUUGGUCUCUCUUCGUGACUAUCAGGACAACAAGGCGGAUGUAAUCGCAAAAUACACGUCUGACGAAGCUAGAACCCUCAAGGCCUAUGGAGAACUGCCAGAGUCCACCAAAAUCAACGAGACAGACAUGUACGACGAUGAAGGCGACGGUGGAAUUGAGUUCCAAGACGUCUCAUCCGAAGCCGAAGAAGCCGACGAUGGAGAUAGCGAUUUUGACAUUGACGAUCUCUAAUGAAA